AUGCCUUCCGGAGAGGGAAAACCUCCGUGCCUCCGCUGCGUCCGACACAGUCGGGUGGAUUUUCAGGUUAAGCCUUAUGCAAAAUGGACCCGGGAAGCACAGUCUUUUGUAACUCAGAUGUACUUGACCAUAAACUACUCUUCCUGGAAGGAAACAGGUUGCUUCGGAGUGACACAAAAGCCAUGGGGCACUGACGGUCAGAGGACAUGCACAGGCCUUCAGCGGAAGGGUGCUGCAGAGAGAAAAUCAAGCUCUACCAAGGAAUCUCUGUCACCACAAAAUACAAAAUUGAUUUCACCAAUAGUCAUUUCGCAGAUGAUUGAUGAGAAUAAAUCAAAAGAAAAUUGGCUCGCUUUGCCUAUGCAGUCCAUAAUCCCCCCGUCUGGUGCUUAUCACACGAAGCAAUCUGUGGCUAGCCAUGGUUCAGACAACAUGAACAGAGCAUUUACGGUACUUCCCAGCAGAUUAGAAAUUCAAGCAUCUUUAGAUGGCACCACGUCUCCAUCGGACUCUCCCAUCACACAGGGAAAACAGUGUCAAAAGGAGCAGAAAGGGUUUGCCUCCAUAACUAUUACAGCCAGGCGUGUUGCUGCAGGCUCCAGCGACCCAGCAUGUGGAGCUGGGGCUGUGCAAGAGCCCAACGCCGUGUCCCCAACCUCGAGCAAAGUCCCUGCUGCCCUCCGCCACUGGCCUCCGCCCGGCCACGCAAACCAGAAUGUCUCUUCAUUAAAGAUUUCUGAAUCUUGCUCACAAUUAGGUGAGGAGCCCCGAAAGCGGAUUUUUGACCCUGGAAACGAGGAGAACGGCAUGGGUCUUCAAAGCGGUGAUGGGAGAGAGAAAGUACCACCUUACUUCAUCUCAUGUGUCCACCUUCAGGUUUCUCAGCACUGUCCAAAUACCAUCUAUUAUAUAGACAAGUCGCUCAGUGUGUGCGUUGACCAACCUCGAAUUAAAUGCCAAAAAAUUCAAAGAUCAGUGUUGUCCUUCAAUGUAAAUUGCAGUUCGUCUAGAUUAACAGCAGAUGGAGUAGAUGGCAUAGCUAAUGGAGAGCCAAUAGAGGAGAUAUUUAAGACAAAGCCCCUAGGAGAAAACAAGACUCCACUCAGACCAAACUGGAGUGCCGACUUAACAGAAAAUAAUGUAAUUAAUAGAGAGACAACAAAUGAAGGCUAUUUGGGUAGUAAAUACCCUUUGCAAAGUGUCUUUGUCUCUGAACUUCCAGCAUUUGUGGAUAUACCCAAAGGACCUAAUAACGUAGUAACGACAAAGAAAGAUGAUGAUAAGCAAUCUGGCAGCUAUCACUCUACAUUUUCUCUCCAGCUUCCUAAUUCAAGUGAUGAGGCAGGAACACAAAUGCUGUCGGGAAGCAAGAAGAAGCAAUGCACCACGGGCAGGAGCAGCGCGACGGCCUCUGGCUCUCUUCCAGAUACAGCAUCCAGAAAGGCAAUCGCUGCUGCUACUGAUGGCUCAUCAAAAAAGAGAGAUCCCUCCAAAGGCACCUCCAAAUCCAAAGAGAUCCAAGCACAGGGCGUCCUGAAACCAAAAAUGUCUCUCUCCAAUAGUAUGUGCGAUAGAAAACCUUCAUCAAGAGUCCUCUCGGAAGAAAAUGUUCACAGGCAAAACCAGCUCCUAAAAAGUGAUUAUGAAUUCUGUGGUUCGAGUGACAAAAUAAAGGAGCGCAAGGAGGAGGAUGAGUGGGAGCGAGCCAGGAGGGUAACACUAUCCACGGCUCACUCGCCAGAUGUUCCUCACGAGAAAAACAACGCGCUCACCCGGGCAGAAACCGUCUCCCAGCCUGAGAAAACACCACCAGCCCCGUGCACGCUGCGGGAAGCACUAGAAAUCCAUAAGCCUCAGUUCAUUUCUCGUUCACAAGAAAGGCUGAAGAGACUUGAACAUAUGGUCCAGCUGAGGAAGGCCCAGCAAAGCGAUGCUCCUGCCAGCAACCAAGGAGCGCUCGUUCGCAAGCUUUCCUCAACAUCCACUUCAAGCAAAAAAAAGCAAUACACCAUUCCUCACCCUCUCAGCGAUAACCUCUUCAAACCAAAGGAAAGAUUCAUUCCAGAGAAGGAGAUGCAUAUGAGAUCAAAAAGGAUUUAUGACAAUUUACCUGAAGUAAAAAAGAAACAAGAAGAAAAACAGAAACGGAUCAUCAUCCAGAGUAACAGGCUGCGUGUCGAGAUCUUUAAAAAGCAACUACUGGACCAACUCCUUCAAAGAAACACUGAGUGA